AUGAUUGUUUCAGCUUUGAAAUGUUACCCUUCUUGUAAAUAGUGCACAGGACUAAAAUUUAAUUAAUGUAUAAGUUGUUUUUAUGGAUUACCUACAAACAAUAUUUGUCCAUCCUGCCCAGAUAAUUAAUAUUAUAUAAAAGAUUAAGGAUGCAGAAAUAUUUGUGAUAUUCUUGUUCCAUUAUAUACUAAUGGAUUUUGUUAAUCUUAUCCAGUUUAUUUAUUUGAAGAUGAGUUAGCGAGGCAUGAGUAAAUUUAAUGGUUUAUUAUAUAUGACCAGUUACAUGUAGAUACAUCUCCAACAAUAAUAAAUGGUGGUUUUUACGGGAUUUUUAAGUUUAAUUCUGGUAUAUAUAGAUAUUACAAAUCAUUAUCUACUUACUCUGAUUCAAUUUAUUUAGUUGGGUUUAAAAUUACAGUUGUAACUUUAAAUAAUAUUCCCCUUAAUUGUGGAAUAUAGUUUUUGAUUAAUAAUACUUAUUUUGCUUCAAUUUUUAGAAAUGUAUCAGGAAUUUAAACACAUAAUAUUAAAAUCUAUUUAAAUAAAUAGGACAGAUCAUAUUUAAAUUAUCCUUCAAAUACAAUUUAUGAAUUAAUUACAUAUGUUGACCUUCCUAAAUAACCAUUUCUUUUUUCAGCAAUAGGAAAUUAUACGUAAAUAUUAACAUAUUUUAAAUUAGUGAUAAUACAGCAGGAUGGGGAUUGUAUUCAGUUUCUUUUACAUCAGGAUUUUUUCCAUAAGGCUGUUAUUUGUGUGAAGUAUCAUUGAAAUGUAAGAUUUGUUAACCAGGAUACUAUAUGUAUAAAAAUAAUACAUGCAUUAGAAACUGUCUAGAACGAUAUUAAAAAUUAAAUGGUUCUUAAUGUUUUGAUUUUGAUGAUGAAACACCUUGUAUCAAUUCUAUAUAUAUUUAGACUCUUAAUAUUUAGCUUAAGACUUUCUAGAUGAAGCACACGAUCCUGAAUAAUACACAAAAUACACACUAAUCUCUUAAAAUGGGACAAAUUUUUUAAAGGGAUCUGAUAUAUAUUAUACAUAUAUAGAGUUUAAUUGGAGUUCGAAUUUUAAUAGAAUUUUUGGAGGGCCUUUGAUAUGGGCUUAAGCUAAAUUUUAAAGAAUUCAUAAUGUAGAAUACCCCCAUCAUGGGAUUACCAUCGCAUUUUUAUACUUUAUGGACCAGAAUUUCCUUCAAAUGGUUAAUUCAUUUAUAUAAUUGACAACAAUCCACCAGUUGCUAAAUAAAACUAAAAUUUUACUGAUUCAUAUUCUUUUAGUGGGAUAAAAUAUGACAGAGUAUAUGAAAGAAUAAACCACAAUACAAAUACAUUAACAAUAAGUUGGGAAUGCUUUGGACCAAAUAAUGAACCAAUUAAAGCUUAUUGUGGAUUUUAUAAUUAUUAUGUCGCUGUUCAUAAAUGCUAACCUUAUUGUUUAUAAUGCUCAAAUGAAACUACAUGUACAUAAUGGAGUAGUGAUUAUGAUGCAAAUAUUAUAAAAUUUUCACAAGAAGAGUGUUAAAUUAAUUAAUAUUAUGAUAUAGAUAAUUAUAGGUGUUUGGAUUGUCCAAUAUCUUGUUUAAAAUGUACAUCUAAAAUAGAUUGUUAAACAUGCUAAUCUACUUAUACAUAAACUAAAUUAGGAUGUAUUUGUAAAUUGA